AUGUACCUCAAUCUUGGCCUUGUCGCCGCCGUAUACGACUUCUGGGCGCCGCCCGAGUUUCGUGCUAGCCGAUGCUCCGGCGAACACUUCUGCUCCUCUAACCACUUCUCCCUUGGUGGCGACAUCGUCGCCGACCCCGGCCUCGGCUCCGGCCCCGGCCCCGGCACCCGGAGCCGGUCCCCGAUCUCCGUCGCCACUCAGAGCCUCUACUCCAGCCGAGACCCCAUCAUCGCCUCGCCAUCGAGGAAGGACGCGAACCCCUCACCGUCGCCAUCGUUACCCGCCAACCUUGCCCAGGCAGCUGGUGCCACCCUGGUCUCGGGAGAGACCAACACCACAUCGUACAGUGCCGACACCUCUCCUCCAUUGCACCAGUCCAUCUUCUAUUCCAAGGAUGGUAUCGACGUCUCUAACAGCCGUCGAACCAGCAGGAGACGUACCGGCCCCUUGUCCCAGCAGUCCAGGGAGCGCGCUGCCUUGAUUCGCAAGCUCGGUGCCUGCAAUGACUGCCGCCGUAGACGAGUGGCUUGCCACCCGAGUCACCAUAAUAUGACUUGGGAGGAUGUCGUCAACAAGUACCACAGAUCUCACAGCCCAACCGUGCACGACAUUGCGCCUCCGCUUGCGCCGGCUCGGCCCCUGAGCCCGGCCACUACCGCCCACAGUGCCGUGCAGCACAUGCAUAAUGCCCAGACCACGCACGAGACCAGUGAGAUGGACAUCGACUCGAAUGCGCCUCAGAAUUACCCCGGGAGGCCACCCUUGAGUGAAGCGCGCCAUCGUACCCCCUUACCGUCGGGGCCGCGCCUCGAACAAUCGCUGUCCCUGCCCAGUAUCGAGAGCCUCAAGAAUGAACUCCAGUCCAACGCGUCCCGCAUGUUGUCCACAUCGUGCCGCAGCCGCUACACGGCCGCCCAUGUUCUACUGUUGUUUUGGCAGGACGACGAGAGCGACAUAUUGACCACUGUUGUCCCCGACGCUGUCAAGGAGCUGGCUAGUGUUCUGGACAACCACUACCACUUCACCGUGCAGACCAAGCCCAUACCCUUGUCAUCAGACACCGCGCGAAGCCCGUGGCGGUGGCUGUCACGGGAGCUCAACGCCUUUUCUGAGGAACGCGACCACCGGGAUGUCCUGAAAAUUGUCUACUACGCGGGACAUAGCUAUCUCGAUGGCAACCGUGAGAUGGUCCUGGCAAGAUCCAAGGACUCCCAUAAAGCAACGACGAUAAGAUGGAAUGGCAUCCAGCAGAUCCUAGAGGAGGCCUGCGCCGACACCCUUCUCAUCAUGGACUCCGCCUACUACCCGUCAUCCAAGAUGGUCCGCCAGACGGGCGUCCUGGAGCUCAUCACGGCGGCCACCUCGGCCGAGCACCAUGAGGCUUUGGGCCCCUACGCAUUCACGAGAACCCUCGCGGAGCUCAUGCGUACUCGUGCCACCCGGCUCAACCCACUGUCCGCCGCAGAGGUCCACUCGAUUCUCUUCUCUAGUUACUCUACCAUUGUCCGGGAUCGGAACCCCGAGAGGGAGAGGAUUACCAGCUUCCCGGCGCCGUUUCACACUCUAAUGUCUGGAAACUCCAGGCUGCCCUCCAUCUUCCUCUCACCGCUGUCUGCUUCCCAGCAGGUCAACAGCCCUCUUCGGAGCAGUCUCUCCACGCCCGACGGCUGUCCCCUCCUGCACAUGUCCAUCCGCCUGGCCGAUGACAACGUCGACGUGGACAGCUGGAAUGAAUGGUUACGUCUGAUGCCUGAGGGUGUCAAGGACGUCAAGGUGGAAGGUCCCUUUCGAACUCCCUUUCGAUGA